CACUCCAUCUCACCUGAACGCGAGAGGCUGUCACGUCAGUCCGGUGAAACUCUCCCAAACACCAUGAAUCGAAACAUUUACGCUUUGAUUUUCAUCCUCACAAACUGCGCGAUAUACAAAGUUGUAGAGCAGACGUCACAUGUGAAGAGCUUUGAGCUGGUGAAACCUCGUCUGAUUCAUCAGCGCUGGAGGAGACAUGCCAAUCCCUCACACACACCUUUCCAGGACAGACAUGCUGACAGUAUCACAUACUCCAUCACAAUUAAUGGAAAUGAACUCUUGCUACAUUUGACUAAAAACAGAGACUUUUUAUCAAAUGACUUUGUCGUGUUUUCCCAUGAUGUAAAGAACAAAGUAAAAGCACACACAGAAAAACUUGAGUACUGUCACUAUCAGGGGCAUGUGGAAGGAUAUGAAGACUCUCUCGUAGCUCUCAGCACCUGUGAAGGUCUCAGGGGAGUCAUUCUCAUCGGUAAUGAAAGCUAUGGGUUGGAACCCAUCCUGCGGUCUGAAGCCAAAAAACAUCUCCUCUUCCUGUUGAAGGACAGUCAGUCAGAGCCUUUCGUUUGUGGACUAGCCAAUGAAACGUCUCCUGCCGAAGACCAAUCUCAUCAUGCUGACUUGUCCAUGUUUUUACGGAAAAAACGAAACUUACCUCAGACCAAAUAUGUGGAGUUGGCAAUAGUAGUUGACAAUCAAAGAUUCAACUUCAUGAAAGGCAAUACAACUGCUGUGCGAGAGGAGAUGGUUCAGCUAGCUAACCUGCUAGACACGUACUACAAACAGUUGAAUAUUCGCGUAUCACUGGUGGGAUUGGAGAUCUUUGACAAGGGGAACCCGUUUGAUGUGGAUGGCAAUCCUGGAGAGGUGUUGGGCAGGUUUGUGCAGUGGAGGAGGACACAACUAUUACCUCGACUCAGACAUGAUGUGGGCCAGCUCAUUGUUGGCCGAUCGGGAGCGUACCCUGGAGGUGUACUCGGAAUGGCCUUCGUAGGGACCGUGUGCUCUGUUCACAAUGGAGGAGGAAUCAAUGUGUUUAGUAACAACGGUCUGCAGUACUUCUCCACUGUGAUGGCUCAUGAGCUGGGACAUAACCUGGGCAUGAACCAUGACAACAACGGCUGUGUUUGUGACGGGAGCUGCAUCAUGGCAGCCUCCGCCAGUGGAGGGACUAAAUUCAGUGACUGCAGUGGGAGUUAUUUUGAGAGUUUGAUUCUGCGUGGUGGUGGCGUGUGUCUGAGGAAUCAGCCCUCUCAGGAUAACAUCAUCAGUGUACCGCGGUGUGGAAAUGGCCUGCUGGAGAGCGGAGAGGAGUGUGACUGUGGUACACCGCAGGAGUGCUCUAAUAAGUGCUGUAAUGCUGCUACCUGCACCCUCACUAAGGGCUCGACCUGUGCUGCAGGAAGCUGCUGUGAGAACUGCCAGAUUAAGGUGUCUGGUACACCCUGCAGACCAUCAGUCAACCCCUGUGACCUGCCUGAGUUCUGCGGUGGAGAGUCUGCGUUCUGUCCGGCUGAUUUCUACCUGAUGGACGGCCUGCCGUGUGCCGGGAACACAGCCUUCUGCUAUGAGGGCCGCUGCCAGACCUUUGACUACCAGUGCAAACAGCUUUUUGGCUCGGGGGCGACUGAAGCAGAUCAGAAGUGUUUUAGUUAUGUUAAUACAAUUGGCAAUGAGUUUGGGAACUGUGGAUACUCGGGCUCUAGGCCGGUUCCUUGUUCUGUGGCCAACUCUAUGUGUGGGAAAAUCCAGUGCAUUUUUGACAGCAACAAACCACCAGCGGGUGCAGCGGUCAGUGUGGUGAAGAUAGAGGGAGACACAAUCACCUGCAUGAACGCCGACUUCCGCCUGGGCUCGGACGUACCAGACCCGGCCUACGUCAAAACUGGCUCAGUCUGCGCUCCUGGAAAGGUGUGUCUGGACUUCAAGUGUUUGAACUCUUCAGUUCUGGAUCAGAGUCAGAAGUGUGAUGCCCAGAGAAACUGCAGCAGUAAUGGAGUGUGUAAUGAUCAUUUCAACUGUCAUUGUGAUAAUGGCUGGGCUCCACCCAACUGUAACAAACGUGGCAGAGGAGGAAGUAUCGACAGCGGCCCCGCGCAGAUCGAUUACUCCCUGAGAGACGGACUUUUGAUAUUCUUUCUUCUGGUGGUGCCAGUUCUGGUUGUGUUAACCAUCGCUUUGCUCUACGUGUUCAGACGGGACAGUCUCAAACGCUGUCUCAAGGGCCGUCUGUCCACACGCCACAGAUCUAACAAUGCAGCAAACGGCUCCACGAAUGCACAGACAAACGGCACUGCGACAAGAGCGUCCACCCCGCAGUCUAUGACACAGCCAAAUACAGCAGCAUAUCGAGUGGAUACUUCAGUAACUCAGCCAAGACAAGGACCAGGUGUCCCCAAACCCAUCCCACCCAGACAGACCCCAGUACCAGUAUGAAGGCAUGACACUGCACAGUUAGUGCUUCCUGUAUUAUAAGAGAUGUUUUAACUGAAUCCACUUUAUAAAGUCGAUCCUCUUUCCUCCAAAUCAUCACCUGAACUAGAGUUGAAAACAGAUGAAGGACUAACGCUGAUCAGGACAAAAGUAUAUGUUGCCUAAAGUCAUUAAAAUGUUUACUGAAAAUUUGUAUCAAUAUUUCCCACAGUGACUCCAUACGAUGACCUCUAACACACAUGAACGUUAUUAUUUCUCAUUUUGCCUUUGGGGGAGUUUAUGGUAUUUUUCUCCCUUGGACUAAACUGCACUGUGGAAUUAAUCUAGAAAUUGUUUUAGAUAUUUGACUUGUUUUCUACAUUCAGAAUGACUGUUAUACUAUAUAUUAACUGUUGACUGUUAUAUGUUUAUUAUAAUGUAAUGUGGCCAUUUUGUUAGCCCUUUUAACAGUUUUGUUGAUCUACAUUUUAAAAGUUGUAAUGUUUCCCUCAAAAUCUCUAUUUUAAGUGUACCUUGAAUGUAAGAAUCGGAGUAAUAAAAUAUUUUGUAUAUUGAAACUGUAA